AUGCGGAGUGCAACAUUAAUAUGGCUCUACCUUUUUUGCCUUCCCUGGCUUCAUGCGAUCGAUGACAUCGACUGGCGACCAAAUGUGUCACAGACGAUUCAGAGAUCUGCAAAUCGCAGCAAGUGGAGGUCGAGGUCGUCGCGACAGCUGCAGAUUGGUCCAUCGCAAGAUCCAGGUUUCAACACGAAACGUUCGGAGCUUUGUGCAAGCCAUGGCCAGUCUGUCACGAGACCGGAGGUUGUACCGACUUCGUUGGAGCUUUGUUCCUACUGCAGAGGACCCGAACUGGACCCUUGCAUCUACGAUGUUUCUGAAUGCAGCAGAGUUUCGCAGGGUGGAUCAUGUCGAAUUCGAUGCAAGGUGCCCUACUUGGGGGCUUCGAGGGAAGCUGUUUGCCCCUUCUCCGGAAACUCAGGCUUUGAGGAAAAUCUCACCUUUCUCGUGCCCAGCUGUGUGGCUGCCUUGGAACAAGACCAGGUGUCUUGUCCCAAUCCUCCAGAGAUUCCAAAGGCCUACCGGCAGUUGCAGGAGACCGGCGACUGGGUUUGUGCUCCUGGCUUCCACGGGACGGCUCUUCGGGAAUGCACGGUGAUACGAAUGGGAGAGGCAUGUCUUCUACAGGCUGUCUUCUCUGGUUGCUUUGCCUUGACUGGCUGUCUUGCACCCGACCCGGCCACGGAUUAUCCCGAAGGAAGGGCGUCCGAUGUGCCUGCAUGUGGCUACGACACCACUGGCUGUGAGAAUGUACAGAAUGGUCAGUCGUGCCAAAUCGGUUGCAAAGAUCCUUUGUUCUUCGGUGUGCCAGUGACGGCCAUAUGUCCAGAGACCAACACUGACCCAAAUCAAAAGCUGAUUUACAGCACACCCGUUUGUGACAAGAUCUGCCCGGAUCCUCUUGUGGAAGAAGCAGGACCAGGCUAUUCCUACGACAUUUUCACCAAGCAGUGGAGUUGUACUCCGAAGUACACGGGCCGAGCAGUGAAGCAAUGUGACAUCACCCAGCAGUGUCAGCGCGUCGUGGAGAUGGUCGGAUGCCUUCCUCGCAUGCCCUGUGCGGAACCUGAAUUGGAUCGUUGCAGGUAUGAUUGGUCCAGUUGUGGCGACCUAUCUGCCGGGGUCUCUUGCGCCAUCACCUGCCGCAGUCCGUACGAAGGACGGCACUGGGCCAGCGCUGGUGGGCAGCACAUCACACCGGAGGGGUGUCACCGGUGUCCUCAAACGUGGCAAGCUGGGCCCCUUAGGAGGUUUCUAGCUGGAAAAACCAUCCAUAAAUGGUGA